AGAAGGUAGUAGUAAAACCAGUACGUAAUUGACAAAGCAAUAAUCCCCCGGAAAUGGCCAAACCGCUCCCAGAUUUGCUUCUCCUCUUUGCCUCAUUCCUAGCUGUUGUGAUCACCAUUUCUGAGGCAAGAUCCCUUCCUCCUCCGACGUCAACACUCCUCCCUCAUCUGCUCAAAUCCUUCAAGAUCAAACCCAACCAGAGCGCUGCAAGUGCAAGGAGCUGUUCCUACACCGUGACCAUCAAGACCAGCUGUUCUUCUUCAUCUUACACCAGAGACAGAGUCAGUCUUGCAUUCGGUGAUGCCUAUGGCAAUGAGGUGUAUGCAGCGAGAUUGGACGAUCCCUCAUCGAGGUGCUCCACGGACACAUUUAGGAUACGAGGACCCUGCACCUACGACGUCUGUUAUCUCUACUUACUGAGGGUAGGAUCGGACGGUUGGGAGCCGGAGAGCGUGAAGGUGUUCGUUCCUGAUGGGAGGGCAAUUACCUUCAAUUACAACACAUUUCUGCCUGAUGGAGUUCGGUUUGGUUUCAACCAUUGUAAUGGGGGAUCUGCUGCCCUGCUUAUGUAACAAUUUCAAACUUUCCCACCUGUCUUGCCCUGUACAACAUCGUUUUUAC